ACAGAAAAAAUGAAGGAGGCAAAUUGGACCCAAGUGUCUGAAUUCAUUCUCUUAGGAUUCUCAGGUCGAUCUGAAGUGCAGUUAAGUUUGUUCUUGCUCUUUCUUCUUAUGUAUCUAUUAACUCUAAUAGGAAAUGUGGGUAUGAUAGUGCUGAUUCAUACUGAUUCUCUCCAACACUCUCCGAUGUAUUUUUUCCUGAGUAACUUGUCUUUCAUAGACAUCUGCUACUCCUCCUGCAUCACACCCAGGUUUCUGUAUGAUCUCCUUGUGGCCAGGAAGGUAAUUUCAUACAAUUCAUGUGCAACCCAGAUGUGGUUCUUCACCUCCCUUGCUACAACUGAGUGCUACCUUUUAGCUGCUAUGGCUUAUGAUCGCUUUGUGGCCAUCUGCAACCCACUGCUUUAUCCAGUAAUCAUGACCAGAAAUAUUUGCUUCCUGCUUCUAGCUGGCUGCUACUUGGUGGGGAUUGUAAAUGCUGUUGUCCAUACCAGUGGUACAUUCCAGCUCUUUUUUUGUGGCCCCAAUGAAGUUAAUUCUUAUUUCUGUGACAUCCCUGCUUUGCUGCGGCUCUCCUGCUCAGACAACUAUGUUUCCAAAAUGGUGCUCUUUGUCUUUUCUGCUUUUGUUGUGGUAUUGAAUGCUGUCAUCAUUGUAAUAUCUUAUGCUUAUAUCCUUUCCACUGUGUUGAGGAUACGGUCAAUCACAGGCAGGCAAAAGACCUUCUCAACCUGUGCAUCACACCUGAUGGCCAUUACUCUGUAUUAUGGGACACUUACCUUCAUGUAUGUUCAGCCUGGAGGGCUUGAGGCAGUGGAGCAAGACAAAAUAGUAUCAGUUUUCUACACCAUUGUGAUUCCCAUGCUGAACCCUGUCAUCUACAGUCUGAGGAAUGAGGAGGUGAAAAAAGCCCUGAGGAAAAAAAUGAACCAGAACAUCUGUCUUCAGUAG